AUGACAUGCCAGGGUAGCAACGUUCGACUGUGCGCUUUCAGCAGGGCGCCACUACUAGCAGUCCUUUUAUCGGCAAGUGCCUUGCUAGUAGUAUGGUUAUCAGCUACCUCCAAUAUCUUAUUCUCAGACACUUCCAUUCCUACAAACACACGACAACUCUUCUCUCACGGUUGGGGAUAUGUUGGCGACCUGGACACUACUAGCACUAGCACUAGCAUUUUUCUGUCAUCUUCCAAUGCCACUAUUAUCGAUGACGACCGUCUCUUUGAAGGUGAAAAUGCUACUCUCGAAUCGGUUGGUAUCACUGGCGAAAGUGACGAAGGCAAGUGGUACUUGGGACUCGACGACUGGUGGAAUCGAGUCGAUUAUCAGGGAUCCAAAGUCUCGGCAGUCGACAUGCAUCUCCACACGGGUCUCUUUCAAGACGUUCCACCCAGUUUUCAAGACCAAAUAUUGGGUAAUAUUCCCUUUCCACUACCCACUGUCAUUGCCACACCCCUCUUUAAUGUCAUUUUGAGUGGAUAUGGAAUUUGUGCACAACUCGUCUGUGCAAAGAUUCGACGGGGUGUCAUUUUCGCUGUCUACGCCCCCACCACCACAGGAUUGACCACCAACCAAUUCGUCCAUGGAGAAAUCCAAAAAUUACCCAAGAAACUAUGGGGAUUGGCGUCGCUGCCCGUCAAUGAUUGGGACAAGAAUGAAGAACGAGCGCUAAACUUGCUGCGCAAAUAUUUGGCCCUCCCCGAAUUUAUCGGCAUCAAACUAGCACAUCCUCACAUGCUCAUCAAUCUCAAUGAUGCACGGUUCUAUUCCAUCUACGAUGUGGCACGAGAAUUCAACAAACCAGUCUAUUGCCAUACAGGAAAGACAUUAUCCACAGGAUCCUUGACCAACAAGGAAGCGACGCAUCCAGCUUUCUUGGAAGAAGCCAUUCAGCUGUAUCCCGACGUUCUCUUUAUCCUGGGCCAUGUGGGAAAUGGUGCCGACUUUGAUGGAUUGGAGGAUCCCAUUGAGGCAUGCUUCCGAUUGACGUUGACCUAUAGUAAUGUCUAUAUGGAAGUUUCCGCUGUUGGCAGUGCAUCCAACGAUCCAAACGGUGACAAGUUGUUUGGAAUCUUUCGAGAUGCCAAGCAAUUGGAACUGAUUAGGAGGCUCAUCUACGGCUCGGAUGGACCCCAAUCUCCUGGAUUUGUCCUGGGUUACCUCGAACGCACUAUUCACGCCAUGGAACGGGCCAAUUACACCGAUCAAGAAGCAGAACGGGUACUCAACGAUAACUUUCAAUCCGUAUUUUGGGUGUAA